AUGGAAGAGAACCCCAAAACAACCCUUGGGGAUGGAAUGUCUGAUUCCAUCCCCCUUUUCACUCUUUCUCGAAGUGUCUGGGAGGACGUACCUGCCUCAAGCUCUGGUGAUCAAUAUCCCUCUUCAAGAGACAUCGAAUCACCUUUCCCAUCCGCCUCUGGACGUGAUUUCUCUCUCCGCACCUUCCAAACGAUCACUCUAUUCGGAAUACUUUCCAUCAACGCGACCAUUAUGUCUUUGAUUCAAGAACAAGGUUGGAUGAAUUCACUCUUUGAGGACCCUCCACUUAUUCACGAUGGACCAGAUUCCCCAGCUCGCCAAGCUGGAGGGAAUUUGCUUCCCAAACCCGGUUCUCCAGCACGAGUGAAAUUUGAUAAAACCCAUGAGGUCAAAAUCAAUGUCGAGUUCAAGAUUGCUUUUGAGGACGAGCCGGACGAGCCACAAGUCCGCAUUGGAGGAUCCACAAAGUCUAAACCAAAGAAGACCUUUACAGUUAUCAAUUCUAACAACCUUCCGACCGGAAAAGGCAAAUUUGUACGUGCCUGUCUUAUAGGUAAGAGUCUGAAUGAAUUCAAGGUUUUGUGUGGCAACGUGAUUGGGGAAAUGCGAGAGGGGAUGAACGAGGUCAUUCUGACUGGGGAGAUGGCCAAGGAGUUGAUAUGGAAAGUCAAGGUUGGAAAGACCCCAUUCACCCUCAGUUCGUACACAGAGUGGCAGGAAUUUGUGGACACAAUCAAUAGGUCCAAAACCAAAAUUGGAGACCUUACCAUCAGUACCCCUAGUGAUGCUCAAAAGAAGCGUGAAUUGGCCGCGGUUUCAGCCACUGAUCGACUUUUAAACAAGAAGACUUUAACGCCUUUGGAGAUCAAGAUCAAUGGAACUGCGACUUUGGAUAUGCCUCCUAAUUCUCAAGCUUACCGCGAGAUAAUGAAGAAAUCCAAAUGUCGUGGUGACAAAUCGACUUCCAAAGAUGCGCACACUUCCAAUCUGAAACGCAGGAUUAGUGGUCCCUCUUUGGCCAACAAGAAAUCGAAGGCGAUCCAUUCUGGCAGACCGAGUCUUCCAGAUAAACCAGGUGUUGCACAAUCCACUUCCACUUCCACCUCCAACCAAGCGGGUGCAGGACAAGACGCUCACAUCGAUCCAUCCCUUCAAGAUCCGAAGGUCAUUGAUAUGACCGGCUCAGGUUCUGAAGGAGAUUUCAAAGAGGAUUUUGAAGAAGAGUUUGAAGAAGGUUUGGAAGAUGAUUUUGUAGACAGAACGUUGACCUCAGACGACAUCGAAAUCAUGUCUUGA